AUGCCGUUCAAGGACGUCUUCGAGCUGCGCAACUUCACCAAUACCAUCCUCCACGCCAUGCGCCGCUCGCAGCCGACGUCCGCGAGCGUCCGCGAGAUCAGGGUCCCCUCCGUGUCGCACGACGUCGCGGGCGACGUCGAAAUCUACGCGCCGGACAUUAAGCGCAUGGUCGAGUCGUCGGGGAUGCCCUUCUUCACGGUGGAAUACCGCCUUGCGCCCAAGUUGCCGGGCGGCGUAGCCGCCGAGGAAGUGUUCCACGGCCUGCGGCACGUCUCGGCACACGCGGUGGCGUGGGACGUGGACGCCGUUAGGAUCGUCCUGAUGGGGGACUCACCGAGUGGAGGGAUCGCGGCCGGCGCGGCGCUACUGGCGUCGGACCGGGGGCUCGUCAUGAGCCCGCUACUGCUGUGGAAGACGAACGGCAACCUGAUCACGUGGCGGGCUGUGCUGGGUGAGAAGGCGGGGAGGCCUGAGUCGGAGGUGCCGCUGAACGUGGCGCCGGGUCGGGCCGUGGUGGAGGGCCUGCUCGGCCAGCUGAAGACGUACGUGGGCGUGGUCGGCCUGGAUCUGUUCCGGAACGAGUGUAUGGGGAGGCUGGCGAGGGCUGACGUCGAGGUCCUCCUCACGGGAAGACUAGUGCAGCACUCGAUAUGCUUUGCGGGUGUAACAUCGACUGUUUUGACCAUGUUCCGGGUCUUAUCUCGAGGGCAUGACCGAUGUCGACAACAGCAACCGAUCUUUAUCCGGUCAAGUACCCAAAGCCAGGCCGUUGCCGUCGUACUUGAUUAG